AAUUUAGUGUCAAUGAAUCUGGUUACAUAACGCCGCCUUCGAAAAGGAGCAACAAGCAGCAACAACGAAAUAUAAAUAGUAAUGCCCUAAAUGAUCAAAGCCUUUUGGAGGAAAAAUAUAGGAUAAGUGACUUUGAAAAGCUGAGAAGGGAAUAUGAGUCUUUCAAAAAGUAUGUGAUGGAAUCAUUCAAGAAAAUGUUUAAUGGUAAUAUACCCGUACACGAUUUCGAUCAAAGAUCCGAUGAGAAUGUUGAGAAUGAUUUUGAAAAGCUUAGCAAGGAUUUUUUUUCAUUCAAGAAGUAUGUGAUGGACUCUUUUGCUAAAUUAUUUGAUGAAAACAACAAUCUUCGUAACAGAUUCGCUGAGAAGAGUGAUGCAAAGAGUGAUGGAAUGGUUGAUGAGCACGGUAAUGCAGACAUCGGUUCUCCAAAUAACAAUCAAGACCAAGGUACUAAUUUUGUUCAUGUGAAUGAGACCACCCAAAUGAAUAUGAUAAGCCAAGUCAACCAGGGAGAUACCAAUGUUCUUCAUGACAGGUUGGAUAGUGUGGGUGAAUGUCAAAAAGGUUUUCCUACGUUUGAUGGUGGUGAUUAUCCGAUUCUAAGGGAGUCUCAGAUUGCUAUACUUGAAUAAACUGCUGUUUAAAAAGCUAUUGAGGUGCCAAAUGACCCAAUGUCAAAACAAUCCACAAGAGUAAGACGUAUUGAAAAAUAUGAGAAGUCUCUUAUAUAUGCCACUUGAUUCAGGAGAUUGCAGUUCUACAGCACUAGUGCCUAAGCAAUAUUUUAACCUUAAGCAUCCUUUUAAUGUUGACAAUGGGGUUGAACCUGAUCUUGCUUUGCGUUGGGCUUUUGGUCAAUUUGUUGAUGCGGGGACUUAUAAGAAACCCAAAGUGGGUGCGAUCUACAAAAAGGAAAAAGAUUGGAUUCGGCCUUAUGUCUUUGGAGAUCAUCAUAUUGUCAAAAAAGAAUGGUUCCACACUUUGAAUUAUAGUGGUCGACCUUUGGAUGACACGGUAUGAUUUUUGUACUCCUUUUACAUUAGAUUAUAUCAUUGUAUAAAUGUAUAUAUAUGAUGUUAAAUCCCGAUAUAUGUUCAGUUAUACAUGUUAAUUUUAAACUAAUAUGUAUAACGCCAUGUAUAUCAUAAACUUGCAUGUAUAUCAGUAUGUUCUAAGUGAUCCCUCACUUAACUGUCUUACUACUGUGGAUUAAAGUUACACUUGGGAGAAAUAAUGUAUUGUUAAUGCUUCAGGUUAAUAGCAAGCUUACCAGGUUGGUUUUUCUAUUAUUGCUUUUAAGGAAUUUAGAGCUCACAUGAACUAAAUUGAUAACAUAUCUCCUUACAUUAGAUAAUGCACAUUAUGAUAGGCUGAAUUGUGUAUAAUUGAAGAUUAUCUGCAUGCCUCCUUAUGCCAAAGUAAUUGCUCCAGAGUCAUUCUUUUGUGCAGUUGUAUGUCCAUUGUCUA